AUGAACCUCAUCACGAACCAUUUACUUGCUAUGGAUGAAGGUGACCCUAUGCAAGUUGCCGAGUGGAGCUGCAACUUUGAACUCGACACCUUCCAUAAAUCAGUUUCAAAGGAAGUAUGGCGCGAAGAGAUGCAACAGAAAAUAGGCGAAUUCUGCAGCCAACGAAAAGGCAACGAGCCGGGAAACGAUGUACUCAGGGACAAAUACGGCCUACCACAUAUAUAUUACCCCCCACGGCCAAAAAGACCAGAGGAUGUCAAGUGGCUUUUGGCGCGUCGAAAGCGGGUCUACCGCUGCCAGGAAGUUGAGUGCGCGCUUUCACUCAUCACGUACACUGAAAAAGGUCUACAACAACAUAUGAACAAGGAGCAUACAAAGCCGAGAGAAGGUCCUGUUGAAUCUGCUCAACAGAACCUCUCUUUGGCCGUCGGAGCAGAGCUUCAUGGCGGGGAACUGACUACCGGAGCUGCUACAAAUCUGGUGAUGCCUUCUUCAAAUGCGUCAGGCCCCUCAGUUCCAUACACCGUCGCACAGAACGGCACCGAUGUUGACAUAGGGCAUCGUUCUGGUCUCUCUACCAAUCUGGUAAAACGGAAGCAGCCACAACAGAUAACAAGUCGGGGCGUUCGCGACGGGCGAAUCAGUCGUCCCUCAGCGAUAAACAGACGCCCUCUGCGAGAGAUACGUGCCAAAUCAUCCUCUAAAGAAUUUGAAGGAUAG